UCUCUGUGGCCGUGAAUGGUACCGGCCACCAUUAUCUCGACUCGAGUCCAUUACUUACUCGGACGAUCGCCGGACAUGCCCCGAGAAUCCCGAGAUUCAUUCAUACCAAUCCGCUGGUCGGCCAUCGUGGCCGAUUCAGUAGAGUUUCGACCGGCACCCAGCAUCGACGUCGUCCCGGUGGAGUUCCGCGGUGGUGUGACAGCCCCAGCCUGGUCAGAGUCAACUGUCAGAGUGAGGGAGAGAGAGAGAGACAAGGAGAAAGUGAGCUGUCAGCUGUGGUGCGAACCGGGAAGAAGGAGUGAUAAGAAGACGAAGUUUGGGGUUUGUGACCAGCGGGGAAGAGGUUGCUGCUCCCGGAGGGGUUUGACCCAAAGUGGAAAAGUGCGUGCCUGACGGUCGUCAUCAUCCGUCAUCCGUGCGGGAA